CAGCUAUCGAGGACACACCAGAGCGUGUUUGCCUUGGUUGAAAUUUAUGCGUUCCAAGACAGUGGGCGCCCCCAAAAGUCUUGCCAGCGCCAAAUGACGCCUCGCAGGAGCUGCCCGAAAUUGCAUUGUACCUUACCUCAGUUGGGAACGCCAACUCACCACGCUAAGCACAAUGAAUCAAUCCAUCACGUGCUCUCGCGACCCGUUGGUGUGAACCCAUCUGCAAUUCAUUUAUUCCACCCUGAUUUUGAGACACGCGACCGACGAAACCUACCUCACUCACCAACCCGUCAACCAACACCAGGCUGACCACGUCGGUGUGAGCUCCAUCCAGAUGGCCCUUUUGAGAGGCCGACCUGUCCCUCGCUGCUGCGGCUGGACAGCACCAUGAGCGCCAUGGACAUUGACCUCCCGCGGGGCACUAAGCGGAAGGCCGACGAGGAGCCUGGGGAGGCCCCCCGCAGGAUCAAGGCCCUCCACCAGGAUGUCGUCAACAAGAUCGCCGCCGGCGAGAUCAUCGUCGCCCCCGUCCACGCCCUCAAGGAGCUCAUCGAGAACGCCGUCGACGCCGGCUCGACCUCGCUCGAGGUGCUGUGCAGAGACGGCGGCCUCAAGCUGCUGCAGAUCACCGACAACGGUUGCGGCAUCGACAAGGAGGACCUCCCCAUCCUGUGCGAGCGCUUCACCACCUCCAAGCUGCAGACCUUUGAGGACCUGAGCUCCAUCGCCACCUACGGCUUCCGCGGCGAGGCCCUGGCCAGCAUCAGCCACAUCGCCCACCUGACCGUCACCACCAAGACCAAGAACGAGGCCUGCGCCUGGCGCGCCCACUACGACGCCGGCCGCCUGGCCCCCGCCAAGCCUGGCCAGAGCCCUGAGCCCAAGGCCGUGGCCGGCCGCCAGGGCACCCAGAUUACAGUCGAGGACCUGUUCUACAACGUGCCCAGCCGCCGCCGCGCCUUCCGCUCCGCCUCGGACGAGUACAACAAGAUCAUCGACAUGGUCGGCCGCUACGCCGUCCACUGCCGCCACGUCGCCUUCUCGUGCAAGAAGCACGGCGAGUCCACCACCACCAUCGCCGUCCAGGCCGCCGCCUCGGUCGCCGAUCGCAUCCGCCAGAUCCACGGCAGCCCCGUCGCCAACGAGCUGCUCGACUUCGAGACGGCCGACCCGCGCUGGGGCUUCGCCGCCCGCGGCUGGUGCACAAACGCAAACUACAGCGUCAAGCGCACCACCCUGCUGCUCUUCAUCAACAACCGCUGCGUCGAGUCCACAAACGUUAAGAAGGCCGUCGAGCAGACCUACGCCGCCUUCCUGCCCAAGAACGGCCACCCUUUUCUCUAUCUCAGCCUCGAGAUCGACCCCCAGCGCGUCGACGUCAACGUCCACCCCACAAAGCGCGAGGUCAACUUCCUCAACGAGGACGAGAUCAUCCAGGCUGUCUGUGAGCACCUGCGCACCAGGCUGGCCGCCGUCGACACCAGCCGCACUUUCAAGACCCAGACCCUGCUGCCUGCCGCGGCCUCCUCUGCCGCCCCUCUGGUGAGAGAUGCAGCCGCCACGCCCUCGCUGUCCGGUCGCAAGAAGGCCACUCCGGCCACCGUCCGGACCUAUGAGAACAACUUGGUGCGGACAGACACCAACGUGCGCAAGAUCACGAGCAUGCUGCCCCCAGCCAACCGUCCGACACGAAUAGACGCCGCCGCUGUCCGGACCCAUAAGGACGGCCGCCCCGAUGCCGCCGCCGCCGCCCCGGCCGUGGCGGGCUCGGCCCCCAUGGCGGCGCCCGAGGCCAUCGAGUACGAGACGGUCAGCCGGGCCGUGACCCCGAUGAAGCUCGCAUCCGUCAAGGAGCUCCGGGCCGCCGUGCGUGACGACAUGCACCGCGGCCUCACUGACGUGCUGGCCGGCCACACCUUUGUGGGCAUCGUCGACGAGCGCCGCCGCCUCGCUGCUGUCCAGGGUGGCGUCCGCCUCUACCUGGUCGACUACGGCCGCGCCUGCUUCGAGUACUUUUACCAGCUCGGCCUGACCGACUUUGGCAACAUGGGCGCCAUCCGCUUCGCCCACCCGCUCGACCUCCGCCACCUGGUCCGCGCCGCCGCCGCGCGCCAGCAGCAGCAGCAGCAACAGCAGGACGCCCGCGACCUGGACGUCGACACAGUCACCGAGGCCGUCGUCGACCGCCUCGUCGCCAUGCGCGAGAUGCUGCUCGAGUACUUCUCGCUCGAGGUCACCCCGACGGGCGAGCUCAUCAGCAUCCCCCUGCUCCUCAGGGGCUACACCCCGCCGCUCGCCAAGCUGCCCCACUUCCUCCUGCGCCUGGGCCCCCACGUCGUCAACUGGCAGGACGAGAAGGGGUGCUUUGACUCGUUCCUGCGCGAGCUGGCAUCCUUUUACGUCCCGGAGCAGCUGCCACCGCCCCCGCCGUCACCAAAAGACGACGCAGCAGCAGACGAUGGGAACUACGGGGCCGAGGGAGAGCAAGACUCCUCGGACUUGGAAAGGAGACGGAGGGAGAUACGCUGGGCCGUCGAGCACAUCUUCUUCCCGGCCUUCAAGGCCCGCCUGGUCGCCACAAACACGCUGAUGCAGAGUGGCGUCCUCGAGGUCGCCAACCUCAAGGGGCUCUACAGGGUGUUUGAGAGAUGUUGAGGAACAGUUGCAAUUCUCGUGCCAUUUAGAACCCUAGCACAACACUCAUCAUGUCACAUGACAGAACACGACUACUAGAAACUGGAUCAUUUGGCCUGCUUUGUAAAAACAGAAUGAAAGAAAAAAAAAAGCUGAAUGCUGCAAAUCAUCAAGAAAGUUCCUAUUGCUCUAUUCCUCGGCGCAAGCCAAUAAACCUGCAGCAUAGAAAGUCUAGGAGCCAUGCCGGCAAGGGCAAAGGACAUUAAUGUACAGUUAUUUCGGUAGGUGUGUUUGGAGCCUCAUGUCUUGCCUCCGAACUUGACCUCCCCCUUUUCCACCUUCUCCCCUUUUCCAGCCAUCCUCCCUCGAGUCCAAACAUCGAGCUGCCUAACUUUAUUUGGCGCUGUCCCAGUCGGGGUUCUAAUUUCGGGGGGAGAAAAUGGUCACCAUGUUAGCACACAAGGGAACGAUAGAGUAUCAUUCAACCGACCCGCACUUUGCUUACCUUCUUCAGGAUUACGAGUCCCUCUAGCGAGUGGUUGAGGCUGAUGUACUCCUCGUCCUCGAGCUCGGCCCGCUCGCCGUAGGCCAGGAGCACGGGCGUGCUCUGCGUCUGCCACCCCGUGAUGGUCUUGGGGCGGCCCGCCUGGCCAACCACAUCGACGGCCUGCCCGACGCGGACGUUGACAGUCAGUGGCUGCAGGUUCUCGUCGAGCGUGACGAGGAAGCGCGGGUGCAUGGCCGUGACGAGGAAGUAGAGGAGGUAGUGUGAGUCCGAGGUGAUGAAGCUCUUGGCGUCGAUCAUGGCCACCAGCACGGCGAGCAGACCGGCGGCCGCAACUCUCGAGAGGACCUGGCGGUCCGUGUGGAAGGGGCUGAUGGACAGCGUGCCCUUGCCCAUGUGUAGCAGGCCCUGCGCGAUCCUGACCAUGAACAGGGAGUCCUGGUCGCGGUGGUAGUAGCUGGCGAGCUGCCUGAGGAGCUGCGCCAGCCGCGCGUUGUUGGUGCCCGCGCCCAGGAGACCCAUGGCGAAUAUGGCGUUUAUGGCCACUUCGUUGUCAUUGUCGUGCGAGUACCUCGACAGCGUGUCGUAGACCUUCAUCUGCGGGUUACUGGGGCUGACGAGUCCCAUGGCCAGCGGCACCGCCCGCCGGAUGUUGGCCUCGCCGUAAUGCAUCAGGUGGCCGAACUGCCGGAGCACCAUCUCUUGCC